CUCACUCUCACUCACCCUCAUCUCCGUCUCUCGCAUGACAGCCUGCGCGUGAAUAGCGCCAGCAUUACCCCCUAUUUAACUCCACUUCCAGCGCCUCCGAGCACCCCCUCCUCAUACCUUCGUUUUGAUCUGACUGGUCAGCUCCUCGAAUUUCGAGCCCAUGGCUUCUCGCACAUCAGUAAUCACACCAAAACCUAUAAUACAACGCUCAAUCUCCUUUAAUGCGGUCCCCAAUGAUGAGUCAUCUUCAUCCUCCUCACCGACAUCGUCAAUCGGGCCUUCAGCGAGCAAUCCAGCGUCCGAGGCGCACACACUCAAAUCCUCCGUCUCCCUCCCAAACUGCUCUACCUCAUCUACCCCUAGCAUCAGCUUUGCACCCCUUCCAAACCUCGAGCCAAGAAAGCGAAAAUCUAACAUUCCAUUGGGCGUUGCCGCCCGCUCACGCAUGAUUCAACAACGUCGUAUGAUGAACGGCGGGCUCUCGCGGCCACCGCCGAUGUGGACGGACUUAGAUGAAGAGGCCGUAAAUGGGCCUGUGCACGAGACCGACGCGGAGGAUCCAUUUGAAGUGCUGGGGCGAUACAUGAUGGACAAGGGCAAACACUUCUGGAGGCGGGUUUCUCAGAAGGCGCCGAUCGAGCCACCGCCGCAGACACCUUCGUUAAAAAGCCGUAAACGAAAGACCCGAGAUCGGCACAUCAUCCGCGACUCGACGGAGGUGUCUGGGCCGAACGCGGCUGAACAGGGGGGAAGGGUCUGGGAGGAGGAGAUCGGGGAGGACAUGCAGGCACGGAUCAGGCGAUCGAGCGUAGUCAGCGUGGAGAUGAAGAGUAUGCUGGAGGUAUCGAAGACGAGUGCCGCACCCACUGCUGAGCAGCGAGCAGUCCCCGAGGCGUCGAAGUAACCUCGUCGGAAGGAAGUCACGGGUACUUCCCCGCACUUCUCUGUACAGUUUAUUUCUCGUUGCGAUACCCGCGGUGACUUCUAGGUGCCUUGCAUUUACUGAUUUUGGGAUUACUUUGACUUUCAGUUUAGUGUGUAAUGGAUCACAUUCGUUCUUUCCCCUGGAGGUCCACCACCUACUCCAGCCGAUGUCGGCCAUGCACAGAGCGCAGCAGCUCGACUGACGUAUAAUACUUAUCUAGACGCUGCCCAACUAUUUUGGGUUAAUAACCUUUCAUGUCCAUCCAGGUCUACAUAUAUAACUGCCCAUGGGUUCCAAUAAUUCCUUACUGCUUUCUCGAGGCUGUGGUUCGCAGUACGUCCACGUUCACAUCGAUUUUU